AUGAAUUUCUCCGCAUUCGGUGGUCCAUUUUCCGGAAUCCACCAGUUUGCGGCAAAGUUCGGCAGUAAUGACGGUGCGUUCACCAGCACGAACGCGACGGCAGGAAAUGGCGCCGGACCUGGUGGCCUAGUGGGUGCAGCAGCCGGAGGAGGAGGUGGAGCGACUGGCGCUCCAGGAGCAACCACCAUUACCCAGCAGGACUUGAAUCGGUAUCAUGGAUCUAACGGAAAUCAUUUCAAUCAGAAUUCUACCUCAAUGGUCAACACGCCUAUGUCCUAUGGUCAGAACAUCUCCUUGCCGUACAGUCAACCGCAGAAUGACCACGGCUUCGUAAACAGCAUGCAAAAUGAACAAAAUAAAUUGAAGAACGUUAUAAAGAUCGAUCGAGACGAAAUGAUCAACCAGCAAAUAUUGCAGAACGUUAACCAAUCGUGGCAAACGUUGGCCAAUCCUACGAAUACGGUGGACUACUCGUCGCAUCUUUUGUCUGCUACCUUGCCCAUCUCAAUACAACAUUUUCUCAAAUAUUCCGAGUCUAUUAAAAAGGAGUCCAACGGUGUUGGAUCGGGACUGACUUCCCCUGGACCUUUAAGUGGGUUAAUUGGUGUCGAAACGAACGCGUUUAACGUGCAAAAAGACUUACUAAAUCUGAAAAAUGGUUCCAACCUAAAUCUAGCUUUGGGAAACGUGGCCGUCAGUGCGGCGGCAGCUAGUCUGGGAUUAAAUCAUCAGCAUCUGACACAGCAUCAUACCAGUAAUCAUCAGGAUACAAAUCACGUAUAUGGAAACAUUAAUCAGCUACCGAUCAUCGCAAAUAACGCACCGAAUAGUCAAGCGCAAAAUAUUAACCAGCAGAACGUCAUUAACGGACUGGUCAACGGCAGUGCUGCUCCGGCCGCUCCGGUAGCAAACGGAAAUAGUACCAGCACAACCAGCAACACUGGAACUACGACGGGCACGACCGGUGCUAGCACAACGACAACCACCGGUAAGUCCAAACGCCAAAAGAAGGAGAAGAAACGCAAACCACCGAAGGAGAAAAAACCCCGCCCCAAGCCGGGUCAAAUCCGGGAGACGAAAGCCCUGGACGGUUCGCCGCUGUUUUGCUGCCCGGAGUGCCAGAUGGCCUACCCGGAGCGUGGCCUCAUCGAGCAGCACGUCAUCUCGCAUGCCGUGGAGCGUCGCUUCGUGUGUGACAUCUGCCAUGCGGCGCUGAAGCGCAAGGACCACUUGACUCGGCACAAACUAUCGCACAUUCCGGAUCGACCGCAUAUUUGCAGUAUAUGUUUAAAGUCUUUCAAGCGCAAAGAACAGCUCACCCUGCACAUCGUUAUUCAUACCGGCGAGAAAAAGCAUAUUUGCAUAGAGUGUGGUAAAGGUUUUUACCGGAAAGAUCAUCUUCGCAAGCACACUCGAUCGCAUAUCGCUCGCCGCGUAAAGUCGGAAAUGUCGGCUCAAUCCGGGUCCGGUUCGAAUAAUUCCAACAACGCCACCAAUAGCAACAAUAACUCAGCCCUUGCUUCUUCCCUGAUGGCAACCAAUAUGCAGGGUGCACCGGUGACAGCUUCCUGA